GAGAACCUGAGGUAAAGGAACAAGGGGAUCCCCACUACUACAAAACCAGAGCAAGGGCAAAGGGGCGCCAACGACCGGGAGGAAGAAGGCGCAACGCAGUCGUUUAAAAGUACCAGCACCUCGUAAAAAUGGCGGAAGCAAUUUCUCCAAUGGAAAUCGAUGACGAGAACAACAAUCUAGACUCUCUCAAAACCCAAAGCAAAGGCAAAAGCGUCGUCGUUUUGACCGCUCCUCCCGACAUGAAAGCCACUCCCUGGGUCGAAAAGUAUCGCCCGCAAUCCCUGGACGACGUCGCUGCGCAUCGUGAUAUCGUCGAGACUAUUGAUAGACUGGCAAGCGGGAACAGAUUGCCCCAUUUGUUGCUCUAUGGACCACCAGGAACAGGAAAGACUUCCACGGUGCUGGCUCUAGCUAGGAAGCUGUAUGGGGCUCAGAUGCACAACAUGGUUCUGGAGCUGAAUGCAUCGGACGAUCGUGGAAUCGAAGUGGUGAGGCAGCAAAUUCAGGACUUUGCAAGCACUCAGAGCAUAUCUUUUGGUGCAAAGUCUGCUGUAAAAUUGAUCCUAUUGGAUGAGGCAGAUGCCAUGACUAAAGACGCACAAUUUGCUCUUCGUCGAGUGAUUGAGAAAUACACAAAAAAUACUAGAUUUGCUUUGAUCUGUAACAAUGUUAACAAGGUUAUACCAGCAUUGCAAUCAAGAUGUACUCGUUUUCGAUUUGCUCCUCUUGAUGGGGUCCACGUCAAUGAGCGGCUUAAACAUGUUAUUAGCGCUGAAGGGCUUGAUGUACCUGAAAAUGGUUUGAGGGCUGUUGUACGGCUUAGUAAUGGUGACAUGAGGAAGGCAUUGAAUAUUUUGCAAUCAACACAUAUGGCUUCUCAGCAGAUCUCGGAAGAAGCUGUGUACUUGUGCACUGGAAAUCCUUUGCCUAAAGACAUUGAACAGAUUUCUUAUUGGCUUCUUAAUGAGCCCUUUGCCACUACCUGUAAACGAAUUUCAGAAAUCAAGACUAGGAAAGGAUUAGCAUUGGUGGACAUUGUAAGAGAAGUAACCAUGUUUGUUUUCAAGAUCAAGAUGCCUCCAGAAGUUCGGGUUCAGUUGAUUAAUGAGUUGGCUGAUAUCGAAUACAGGUUGACUUUUGCUUGCAACGAUAAGUUGCAGCUCGGAUCAUUAACUGCUGCUUUUACGCGAGCAAGAGCUUCGCUGGUUGCUGCAGCGAAGUAAUCACAUCAAAUUGGAGCUGGAAUCAUCAGAAUCUGUUCAUUGAUUUAGUUAAGAAUUUGGCAGUUGGGAAGGGUUAUGAAUGUAAAGUUUAUGAGGUUUUCAUUGCUGAAUUCUGUAUUCAAAAGUCAAAGAGUUCACCUUUAUGAGUAGAGGUUAUUGAACUUUUUAGGAGUCAUAUUAGAUCGGUGUUGCUCUAUUGUCACUUUUUGUGUUACUUUUGUGUUGUAAAUGAAAGCAUCCAGUUACCAUGUUUGCAACCCCUUUACUACA